CUGAGCCACAUACAGACGGUUUUCCGCUGGAGGCGUAACUUCUGUCGUUGACCCCCUUAUUGAACGUGCCACCAGACUGGAUCAGUCUGAACACCGGAGAGCGAAGGAUGCUCAGGUUUUAUGUGCUCUUGGUUUCUCUCUUCAGAGCCUAUGGUGCGAUGCUCUAUGCUAACCUCGGAGAUGACGUGACUUUAUUUUGCCACUAUGCCUCCGAAGCCAAAUAUCUGCUCUGGUACAAGCAGGUCGCAGGGGAGAAACCUCAGAUAAUAUCCUCUUUCUACAAACAUUCACCGGACUCCAUCAGCUUCCACAACCAGUUUCAAGGCAACCAACGAUUUUCCGUUCAAACUGGACAAGGGUUCUACCAUCUAAAGAUUUCUGAUAUCCAGGAUUCAGAUUCAGCCAUGUACUACUGCGGACAGAACAACAUGAUAGGCACUGAAUUUGGCAAUGGAACAUUUUUGGUUUUAAAAGAGUCCAGUUGCUGGUCUUUCCUCCAGCAGCCGAAGUCUGACUCAGUGCAGACUGGAGGCUCUGCGACUCUGAGCUGCACGGUUCUCGCUGAUGGAAAACGAAACAUCUACUGGUUCAAAAGGGAUUCAGGAAGCUCCCACUUGGGAAUCAUCUACACCCAAACUAACAGCAGCAGUCAGUGUGUGAAGAACCCUGACUCUCCUGAGCAGAGAUGUGUGUUCAGAUUACCAAAGAGCAACGUGAGCCUGUCUGAUGCUGGGAUGUACUACUGUGCUGUGGCUUCAUGCGGAGAGAUACUGUUUGGGAAAGGAACGAGACUGAAUGUGGAGGAGAAACAAGAAGACACUUUCCCUCUUGUGAUGCUUGGUGUGGCUGCAGUUCUGGUUGUGUCUGUUAUGUUGAACAUCAUCCUUUUUGGUAUCCUCUGCAAAAUGGCCAAGAAAAAAAAUCUUCAAUCUCAAGGGUUGCAGCCCCAGCCGAGCGCUCAAAAAUACCCAGCUGACCAUCAGAGUGAGGAGUUUAACGCCAUGCAGUAUGUAGCUCUGAACUUCAAAAAGAGGCAAAACACGAGCAGGAGGCAGAAUAACACAGAGGAAGAGACCAUUUAUUCUGGAGUUAAACUGUCAGAGUUGGAGUGA